AUGGGGUGCGAGUCGUCGCAGCCGAUGGUGGUGGCGAAUGCGGCUAAGAACGAGGUGGACGAGCAGCUGGAGAGGUUACAUGAAGAGGAGCGGACCCAUUACAAGAUCCUUUUGCUUGGUCCAGGCGAGGCCGGCAAAUCGACAGUGCUGAAGCAGCUCAAGUGCAUCUACAAGGGGGGCAUACCUCUCGCGGAGCAACGGAUGCAUGGCCUGGCGAUUCGACGCAACACGAUCCAAUCCAUGCAGGCCAUCCUGGAGGCGACGAUGGUGCUGGGGAUACCACUCGAGGGUGAGGCGGCGGCGGCGGCCGGGCGCGUUUUGAUGCUCGACGAGGGGACUGACCUCAGUCCCGACAUUGUACAGGAUGUUGUGCUGCUGUGGCACAACGGGGGGGUGCGGGCGGCCUACGGGGAGCGGCAUCGGUACUGGCUGCUGGACGCGGCAGCUUACUACUUCGACAACGUAGAAAGGUUCGGUUCGGAAUCGUUCGCUCCGAACGAAGAAGACAUCAUGCACGAGGGCCUGCAGCUCUUUGAGGAGGUGGUCCGGAACCCGAUCUUCGAAAACACGCCGAUCUUCGUUUUCCUCAACAAGAAGGACCUGUUUGAGCAGAUGAUGACGGAGGGAAUCCCCCUUUCCCGUUGCUUCCCGGACUACAGACCGGGUGCGGGGAGCGACGCGUCAGACGUCCACCAGGCGGUGGCGGAGAUAGAGAGGCGGUUCCUGGAUGUGAUCCACCGGCACAACCCGCGAAAAAACAUCCACGUCCACGUCAUCGCGUCGCGGGUCAGGCUAGAGAUGAAGUCGGCCUUCUCAGACGUGAAGGACAGAAUUAAGGUGAGAAGAAAAAGGUCAUCAAAUGUAUGUAUGUAUGUAUGUAUGUAUCCAAGAAAAAUUCUAUCGUGUACAUGCACGAUGGAAAACAGCAAUAGGGUGAUGUGA